CCCGGCCCUUGCGCGGCGGCCGAGGGAGGGCGGACCCCGGGUAACCGCCCGCCGCUGGCCGGCCUCCUCCGCGGAGCGUGGGCAGAGGCUCCGCCUUCCCUAGGGCGUCGAAGAUUCUGGAGGGAAAGGAGGCCUGGCGCCUGGGCUGGAGCUUCCCCUCCGCUGGCCCCGCGCUCCUCUGCCUGAGGGGAACAGGUUUGGGGGAGUCCGCACCCCGGGCACUGCCCGCACCUCCGCGGGCCGGGGAUUAGAAAUCAUGUUGCAUGAAGCAAAGGACAGGCAGAAGUUUGUCAGUGACGUUCAAUAUCUUCGGGACAUGCAGCAUAAGGUGGACUCUGAAUAUCAGGCUUGUUUGAGACGACAAGAACCUAGAAGAGAUUCAAAUGAGAAGAAACGAGAUCAACUUCAGGGGCAAGAGACAAAUAUUGAGAGAUCCAGAUUUUCAAGUGGAUCAUCUUCUAGACAGAGUUCUGGUGAGGAGGAUCCUCUAAGUGAACCAAGAGCAUCUACCAAGACGUGUACAGUUAAGUGUGAUUCCAGACUUCCUGCAAUUGACCAAACAGUAGUGAAGCAGAAACAUAAAAGCACCAUGACUCCCAGGAAACCAGAGAAAGUGGGCCCCAGCAAGCCCUCUCCAGCAGCACCUUUGAUAAAACCAAAGAUUUUAUCAAGAAAGAGGAGGCCAAACCUGGGGAGAUUGACAGUCAGCCCAGAAUUACAUAGCCCAGGAGCAUCUGGGGACAGAAGCAGACAGGCACCACAGCUGCUGGGGAAGGCGCCAGCUCUCCGGAGGGCAGAUCCAGUAGUUCAACAAGAUAGCCCAGUGUGGGCAGGUGACACUAAGUUGAAGAGGCCAACUCAAGAGAGAAGAAACUUAGCCCCAUCCUCACAGCUGAUGACAACAGCUGAGAAUCCUUCAGAGAGAGCCAAAAAAGGAGAUUUAAGUGCCCUUUCCCAGAAUGAGUCACAUCCAGCCCUGUCCCAGGCCUUCCAAGGAGCAAAUAGUCCUCAAGUGUUGAGUGAGUCCUUGGGGUCACCACUCUCAUCUGCCACCAUGGGAGGGCCAAGAAGGGUGCCAUUUAGGUUCAGAGAUGAAGAUUUUUAUGCCACAUUAUCAUUAAAUACUGAAAGAGAAAGUGAUGAGACUGAAGAGGAAACCCAAGCAGAAGAAGAACUACUGUUGGUUGGUAUGUACCCACCCCGGUCUCCUUCCAGUCAUAAAAGAAGUAGAUUUCUUAGAACAUCAACCCUUCAAGCCAAAAAUAAAAAUUUUGAAGAGAAUGCUGAGAAUUGCAAAGGCAAUUCUUUCAGAAGAGGUGGGCCCAGUCAUGGCUUAUUAAGAAUAAGCAAUGCAUUGGAGCCAGUGACAGGUCAGCCUUCUGUUGGGCAAAGGAUGUCCCAAGAUCCUGGGCUACCUGAUGGGGAGUCUGCUAAAGAGAAUGAUAGUUGUGGCAGUGAAAAGACCUGUCAUCCAUGGAACACCAAAUUGAAGCCCAGACAAGAUGAUGGUCUUGAUGCUGAAAAUGCCUCUAGUGAGUCUAUUUCUAUGAGAGGUGAGCCUGGUACCCAUGACUAUGAGAAGGAUUGGCAAGACUAUCUAAACGGUUCUAGGAAUUCACUUGACUGCUUUCUUUCUGAUAGACCAGCAGCUCCAAGAUCAUCAACAAAUUCAUCUUAUAACACUCCUGAAUCAUUAGUGCAUUCUGCUCUGAGAAAUGAUACUUCAGUAGACUCAUCCAUGUCAUCUACUUUAGUUUACAGUUCAGACUCAGAGGGGAACCCAAGGUUUAAUAUUCGCCGACCGCUGUCCCCCAUUCGAAGUAGGAAUCCAUUUGCCAGUGCUGAAAACCACAGUUAUUUUCCAGUGAACAGUGCUCUCGAAUUUGAUGUCAGGGAAACAGAAGAUACUACUUUAACAAGCCAGCCUCAGGGGGCUCCGCUAUGUACAGAAGACUUCUUACUAACUGCUCAAAGCAGCUUGUCCUUAGUGGAUUCUUCCAGCUCCUCUCCAGCAAGAACGAACUUACAAGGCCACUUGCAUGUGCCGAGGUCCCUGCAAGAAAAUUUACCUUUUACUUUCUUUGCAGUGUCUGAUUUCCCAAAUCAAAAUGAUAAUAGAACGUCAGCCUCUGAUUUAACAGAUGAAAAAGAGGUCACUAAGAUAAAGGCAGAUCCCGAGAAACUCAAAAAACUACAAGAAAGCCUCCUGGAGGAGGACUCCGAAGAGGAGGGAGACUUGUGCCGCAUCUGUCAGCUCGCCGGGGGUUCCCCAGCCAACCCCCUCCUGGAGCCUUGCGCCUGCGUGGGAAGCCUGCAGUUUGUUCACCAAGAAUGCCUGAAAAAGUGGCUGAAAGUGAAAAUAACAUCAGGAGCAGAUCUGAGUGCUGUGAUGACCUGCGAGAUGUGUAAGCAAGGUCUGCUGGUCGACCCGGACGACUUUAACAUGACCGAGUUCUACCAAAAGCACCAACAAUCCCGGGCACAGAACGAGCUAAUGAAUUCAGGGUUGUACCUGGUGCUGCUCCUUCAUCUCUACGAGCAGAGGUUUGCUGAGCUCAUGAGACUCAACUACAGCCAGACUCGGGGAGAGAGGUUGUCAAGAAACUACCCACAACCCAGACCGGAGGAAAACGAAAGUAGGUUUGAAGUUGCUUCCCAGCUGGCACAAACAAGACCAAGGGAGGGGAACAAUACCACCUGCAGAUACCCAUCCAGAUUCCGAGGCGGGAGAUGGAAAUGGAAGCAGCAUCUCUCCAAGCCAGGUCGGCUAGUGAGGGAGAAGAGUCCGGAGCCCAGCAGAGACCUCUCUACCCAGCCACCCUCUGUGUCCCCGUGCGCUCCCUUCCUUCUCCUCAUACUGACACCGAAACCAGUUUGCAGUGACAUUUCACCUCGCACCACUCUCGUUUUGGGAUCUGGCCUAUCUUCGGCGGCAGCAGCCACCAGUCUCAUCCCAGAUCAGCCUGGGGCUGCAGAUCGCCCCAGUUCUGCCCCUCAGCCAAGAAGCCCAAGAGAGCUCAGCAGCCCUGUGGGCCCAGCAGCCUGGGUUCCCACUGCUGAGGGUACCCAUCCAGGCUUCCUUCCACCCUGAGUGCAAUGGAGCCAUGCGUUCAGUAAACCAACUUUAUUCUCCCA